AUGCUAGCACAGCAAACACAUGUUCAUCAGCCUACGCUAUGCCAUCAGCCGAAUCAGCAGACAGUUUAUCCGGCCAUUAGUGCGACUGGAGCUGGGGCCUAUUCCCCGGCCUUCUCUGGACAACUGAGCGCCAGUUCGGCGUACCACCUUUUGCAGGCUGGACACCAUCAAGCUCACUUCUACUUUCUACCAUCGACAACUGAUUAUUCUGGUCUCCCAUCGAAUUUUACACAUCCAGUUUUCCUUCCAUCAUUGCCACUGCCGCCUCUACCAUCUUCAAUUUCUCCAGCCACGCAGGUCGUAUCGCCGGCGACUCAACCACCUACCUCGUUGAUGGCGCUGCGCAGAUCGACAACUGAAAGGUCACUGACUGCCUACACAAAGACCCAGUCAGAGGAAAAUAGUACAGCCUCACUUUGUGGCUAUUCUGAAAUGGGAGUCAACGAAGAAGAAGGAUCUGAUGAGGCGGUCCAUUCGGACAGAGGCGAUUUUGAUCGGGACGGACCCGAGAAGGAGAAGAUAAAAGCCGUAUAUCCGGCAAGCACUCAGUUGCAAGCUGAGACCAACAAUGCUAAUAGGGAGAGUGAUAAUGGGGAGGAUGGUCAGCAGUCUGAAUAUUUUGAAGACGUAACAAACCUAAAAAGGGUUAUAGUUUCAGACCUUACCAACGAAAAUGUAUACAUGAAUGACGGAUACCUAAGUGAAGACAAUGAAGAGGCACAGACAGAGGAAGAAACGGAGGUAGAGACUAACGAAGAGGAAAACGGAAAGAAAGAGGACAAUCAAGAGGAGAGUAGAGAUAAAGAUGAGCAGGAAGGAGUUAAGCAUGGGGAAACAAAAUACAAGAGUGGAAAUAAUGAAGUCGGGGGGCUGAUGGUCCGCGAUCAAGAUGGGCUUGAUUUAGUGGAAGAGGAGGAAUGCAAAGAGAUAGAAGAGAUGGGAGGAAUCGAGGAAGAAAUGUUUGUCGUCACCUAUGUGGAGACAGCACCAUCAUACGGACCAUCGCUCGAGAUAAUUUGCCAUACUGCCUCGGUAGACUUUGCUAGGACAGCCCUAUUCAAUAGUCAAAACAGCCUAUUGCACUGA